UGCUUUAGACAAUCACUCCUGAGGCACCUCUCGGAAUUCCAUCACACUGAAGAGUCCAUUCAGAACAGUGACAUCAUAGUCACACUUGAGACCCCUCAGAAUUGCAUUAAACUGCAGAAUCCUUUCAGAACAGUGACAUCACAGUUGCAGUCUCCUUGAAUCGUAGGUGGCGCUAAUGUCUGUUUCAUUCCACGCAUUAAUAAGAGGAAGACGCAUUCAUCUCCAGUGUCGUAUUAAAACAUUUCUAAAAGAAGUUGUGAUGGCGGGGUGCGGCUUGUGUGGAAACUCUUUGCGGUUGGUGCUACUUGGGAAUACUGGAGUAGGAAAGAGUGCAGCAGGAAACGCCAUUCUGGGCAAAACACAGUUUAAAUCUUCACUCAGUCCCACCUCAAUAACAACGGCGUGUGAGAGGGGAGAAGAACAAGUUGCAGGGAGACGUGUUGUUGUGGUCGACACUCCAGGCUUGUUUGACACAAAGCUCCCCAGUAAGGAAAUUCUAAGUGAGAUGGUGAAAUGCAUUCAGAUGUCCUCUCCGGGACCCCAUGCUUUCCUCCUGGUGAUAAAGGUGGGUCGAUACACUGAGGAAGAGAAGCAAACUAUGCAGAUAAUCCAGGAGAUGUUUGGUGAGGAUGCUUUGAAAUACAUGAUGGUGCUUUUCACUCAUAGGGAUAGUCUGGAUGAUGAACAAAUUGAGGAUGUUGUUAACAACGAUCCCACAGGCUUCAAGAAGCUGGUAGAGUCGUGUGGGAACAGGUUCCAUGCGAUCAAUGGAAAAGACCUAAAGGAUCAGGAGCAGAUCAAAGAACUUCUGGAGAAAGUAGAGAACAUGGUGAAAAAAAACGACAUCCCCUUCUACGCCAGCGAGUUCUACGAGCGAGAGAAGAAAAGAAAGGAAACUGAAGAGAAGCUCCAGAAGGAAAUUAAAGAUCUUAAGAAGAAGAAUGAAGAGGCAAUGGAUGAUCUUAAGAAGAAGAAGAAUAAAGAAAUUGAUGAUCUUAAGAAGGAGUAUAAAAAGGCAAUUGAAAAGUUGCAACAGGAGAAAGGAUGUUGUAUAUCAUAGCAUUGUAGAUUGUAAGAUCCUUUCCAAGGAAUGAAAUGUCUCCUUCUUAUGCAAAUGACCACUAAUGUCCUGCUUUGUGUUUCCAUUACUAACUGUACUCAGAAUUCACAUCAAAAGGCCGCCCCCGUUGGAUACUGGAAGGUGAUACCAGUAACAGGCUGGUUUUAUGAUCCAGACAAGGCAGUAGAAAACAGGGUUCUUUGGCAUUCUAUUGAAACUUGCAACCAAAUUGGCUAAUACAGUAUAACAUGAGGACUCUGCAGUCAUCACUCAGCAGUCAAUAGUCAAAAUCCUAUUGCUCUCUGGCAUCACGGGUUUAAUAAGAGAUAUUGACGGCAGUUUUCACCUUAAAGAGGAUAACUGUUCCCUGUGGGUUUAAAAAAGUGACAUUUGUUGAGCAAUAAAUUAUAACACCAACCUCCCUCCCCUCCCCUUCCAUCAACCUCAGUCAAAGCACCUAAACACAGACUUAUCUAAAAAAUAUAUUUGGAUAAGAACCACUCUCAUGGCAAGAAUGAUUGCAAACACAUAAAAAGAGGACAUUGAUAAAAAUAAAAGGAAAAUGACAUUUGGGUUUUUUUCUGACCAACUUAAUGAUUCUAAUGCAUUGCUUGUUUUCAAUUAAGAAAUAUAAAUGUAAUGUGUUUUGUAAUGUAUGAACCUGUUUGCCUAAACUGUCCGCUUCAUGUAAUAAAUGUCACAGUGUUCCAAUAUAAAUUCAA